CUAUUCACUCUCCUCUCCCGUUCGAACAUCGAACCAGAGCAGCGGCGGCGAUCCUUCCUCCCUCCACCGCCCUUUCUCCCACUCUCUCUUCUUCUUCUUCUUCUUCUUCUUCUUCUUCUUCUUCUUCUUCUUCUUUUUCUUCUUUUUCUUCUUAUCAUUCUUCCUUCUCUUUCCUCUACUUCCUCUUCCCCUCCUUUCUUCUCCUUCCCCUUUCGGCGUUCAUUUUCGGAUCGCUUUCCAUCACUGUGAUCUGGUCAUCACCAUAGCCACAUCCAUCGCAUUUCCGUUUAGAUUUCAGGUGACAUUCACAUUGGAAAGAUCUCCUUCUCUCGCCAAUCUCCCAUUUGUAUCCUUUGAGAACCACUGCUAUACGAGAUGGAAGUCAGCUCAAGCUCCCUAUUGCAGAGUUAAGUUUCAGGCCAAAAUCCCAGCCGACGACACUCUCCCUCUCCCUCGCAACUCAGAAAUGCUGCAAUCCAUCCUUAGAGCCGCCACGACCACUGUUGCUCGGACACGAAACUCUGUGAAUGUUCAGAACGUAAUUAUCCCUACAACCACGAUUCUCUCCUCUUAUCAGUAUUCUUCGAAGGCCUCUAAAUCUUCCUCCUCGUCAAAGGGAAACAAGUCGAAAUCAAAAAAUACUUCGUCUAAGACCGAUGACAUUUCGGUCUCCGCAGGCGCAGGCGACGAAUUUGACUCUGAUCUAUUAGAUGAAGGUGCUCGCGCUCGCCGUCUUGUAGAGGAUGAGAAACACAAGUCUCUUGACAUCGGUCCCAACAAUCGACCUCUUUUCACCACUGCCAAAUCCAUCUCUGAGCUCACUAGAAAGGAUGUUUGCACUUACAUGAAGUUCAGUAUGGAAGAACUAAAUGCGUUUUUGCCAGAGGGGUUGCCAGUAGGAAUGACAAAGGAGUUUGAAGAAAGCAUGCGGAGUGCGUUGCUUGUUCGACAAAGUUUCUUAGAUCUUCGUGAUAACUUUAGGCGCAUUGUUGAUCCACCACUAUGGUCUUUUGAUGGUAAAGGUCCAAAACCUAAAAGGCAGAUUGUCUUAGAUGGUCCUGUUAGCUGUGGAAAAAGUAUUGCACUUUCUAUGCUUGUUCAGUGGGCUCGCGAGCAAGGUUGGCUGGUUUUUUAUAUCGCAAAAGGUAAAGAGUGGACACAUGGUGGAUUCUUCUAUAAAAACCCACAAACUGGUCUUUGGGAUACUCCUGUUCAGGCUGCAAAGAUCCUCCAGGAUUUUUUGAAAUUUAAUGAAUCUCGCUUACAACAAAUACCUUGCCAAAUCUUUGAUCCUAUUCCACUGGGAGAGGGUGCUGGUGUUGGUUGGAUGAAAGGCGUUGAUUCCAUGGCAAUGCCUGAAGGCUCCACAUUAUAUGAUCUGGUUCAAACAGGCCUAACUUACACACAUGCUGCCGUUGGGGUGGUAGUUCGUUUGAGAAAAGAGUUAUCACUUGUGAAAGAUAUUCCUGUGCUCAUUGCAAUUGAUCAAUAUAAUAGUUGGUUUACAUUCAGCGAGUAUGGGGAACCUAUAACAGCUCGCUCUUGGCGGCCAAUUCAUGCUAGAGAACUUGCGACGGUUAGUGCAUUUCGAUCAAUGAUGCAUAAUGACAUGAUGGUGGGGGCUUUUUCUCAUUCAACGGCUGUUGGCAAACUACGUAAAGAUCUCCCAGAUGUUCCACUGGAUGCUCGGACUAACUUACCUCGAUAUAGCUUAGAUGAAGCUGCAACUGUUUGUCAUUACUAUCUCAGGCAAAGACUGAUACGCCGGGAAGCAUUCUCUGAGGAAAAGUGGAAGAAGAUAUACUACUUGUCCAAUGGAAAUGGUGCAGAGAUGAGGUGGUUGGUUUCUUUUAUACAGUGACUAAUCCAAGUUGGUAGUGUUGAUAUAUGAUUGGAUUGUCCAUGAAGAUGCAAACAGGCAAGCUUUCCUUUUUUCAGUGCCGCUUGAGCUUUGAUUGCUUAAUUAGUGAUUUAGGUUGAAAUGCAUCGUUAGAGAAAACUUACCCUCCACGAUGAUAUCAGUUAUUGGGCAGAACUAGAUUUUAAAAUCAGCAAUUCACCUUAGGAUUACCAUUUGACUGCUCAAUAAGUCGCCUCUUUAUUCUGAUAUUCCAAAGGUUUUUAGACCCUUAUUUGGAUGUAUCAUGUAUAUCUUAUCUAUAUUUGCUAAAUAGUUACGUGAUGUAACGACUUUACACUCAAUGACACAUUAAUAAGUGAUAGCAGUUGGUGUCUCAA